AUGAAUCCAUUUUAAUAGUUUAUCAAUGCAGGAUAACAAUAGUAUUAUACUUAAAUGCAACAAUUAUAACAGAUCCAAUACCUACAAGUAUAUAUAUUAUAUUAAGCUAGUAUUUGCAACUGCUUAGCACUAUUUAAAAUAAUUGUACAAAUCAAUAAAAUGUUCAGAUCCCUUCACUGAAUCCUCUUUAAUAAUUUUCUCUUCUUUCUUAAUCAUCUCAAAGAACAAUACCCUCAGCAUAAUAGCCUGAUAUUCGUACUAAGAAAAGUUAAUCUGAAAGAGUGUUACCCAAAUAGAAGAAAGAGAAUGAAAUUCUGAAAUAAUUUUCAUAAGAUCAAAUUUUAUAAGAACUCAAAUAAUUUUUAGAGUAUUUGAGCAAAAAUGAAAUUAAGGAAAUGGAUGAAAAUGAAAAAAAUCAAUAUACAGUAUGGAAAUAUUAAUAUAAUGUUAGAUAUUGACAAAAAUAGAUGAUUCAUUAAUAGACACACUUAUUAAUCGAUAUUAGAAAUAAAAAAAAACUAAAGAAGAAUAGAUUAAGUUUAUCAUAAGAAAGUGCUUUAAAUAUCUCAAAUAAAAAAUGAAUUUAAAUGAAUUGACAAUGAGUGCAUAUGAAAUUGAAAAGGUUUUUUAUAAGGAGUACUUUAUGACUGACGAGAAUAUAGAAGACUUAAUACCAUUUCGAUAAGAAUCAUCAAAUAAAACAAUGAAUAAUUCAUUCUUAAAGAAAAUUUUCUCAUCUGAAAAGUUUUAUCAAGGAUACCUUGAAUAUUUAGGUAUUAAAUCAUUAAAUAUUUAGAAAACUUCGAUGAAAUAUGGGAUUAAGAAAAUAAUGAAAAGAUUUAGAAUAUGACUAAAUAAGUAAUGAAAUUUAUUGCAUCUGGAUAAAUCGACGUAUAAAAAAAUUUAUAGUAAUUAGAAAAUAUCUUCAUACAAAAGAGUACCAUGGAUUUCGUCUAUGAAAUAAAGAUGUUAUGAAUUAGCUGUUUCGUUUAAAGCAUACCAUGAUCAAGAAGAAACAAAUAAAAAAGUUAAAUUAGAAUGAU